AUGUCUAGUAGGGUUAAGAAAUAUGCUUGUCCAGUAGCAGUUUGCGCCCUCGUUGGACUUGAUCACCCUCGAAGUCUACCUCAACGACUAGCCAAAAUCCUGCCACUGGAAACCAGGCCCUGCUCAUCUCAGAGCAGCAACAAGACGAAUACGACGCGCGACGCAUCAUCUGUGGACUACGUACGGCUCCUAGCAGGCAAUCAGCAUGAUGCCCCUCCUGGCAUCGACACGCUCGAUCCCGCCAGAAAUCCCAUCUCCAAGCACCAGGGGCCCCUGAGCUCCGUAUCGCAGGUCGACUUCGACGCCCAGACGCGACCAAGCUUCUCGGCGAGCUAG